AGUUGUUUUAAAAUUUAUUUUCGAUCAAACCCAAACAAAAUUUAAUAAAAACAAACAUUUGCAACAAUGUCGGGAGCAUGUGGAAGUCAGCUGGCCAAGGAUGUCAAUGAACUGAAGGCAAUGGUCAAGGCGCAAAAUAAACGAAUUGAUAAGCUUAUCAAGCAUAUUAAUGAAGGUUGCGAGGCGAAAGAGGAAGUGCAAUUGGAAAGCACAAUGACCGGCCUGAAUCCCUACAUUGAAUGCCUUAAUCCCGAUAUUUUAUACCACCUAAAUUUGAGCACCGAUACAACCGACUUUCCCAAGGUCUUUGGCGAUGUUCGCUUUGUUUGCUUGGGCGGUACACCGUCACGAAUGCACAAGUUUGCCAAUUUCAUAAUGAAGGAGAUCGGUCUUAAGAUGAAUUCGAGCGUCCAGCUAAAGGAUUUGGCUGAGGACGCCCAUCGAUAUGCCUUGUACAAGGUCGGACCUGUGUUGUGCGCCAGUCAUGGCAUUGGUGGACCAUCGAUUAGCAUAGUCUUACACGAGCUCAUCAAGUUAGUGCAUCAUGCCAAAUGCCAAAAUCCGAUCUUUAUUCGUAUGGGAACUUGUGGUGGCAUUGGCGUUGAACCCGGCACAGUGGUUAUUACAUCGGAAGCAUUGGAUGGUCAGUUGCGACCCGUUUACGAGGUCGUCGUUCAAACUACUCCCGAGCUGAGACCCACCAAACUGGACGCAGACUUGGCCAAAGAUCUCAAAUCGUUGUCUGAUCCCUGCUGCGAUGGCUUUGAUGUCAUCAUUGGUAAAACCCUUUGUGCCAAUGACUUCUAUGAGGGUCAAUCCCGUUUGGACGGUGCUUUCUGCGAUUAUACGUCCGCGAAGAAAAUGGAAUUUCUAUCACGCAUCUCACAUGCGGGCGUGGUUAAUAUGGAGAUGGAGAGCUCAGCAUUUGCAGCCAUAACCAGUCAAGCUGGCAUAAAGGCUGCCGUCAUUUGUGUGGCCAUCAUAAAUCGCCUAGAAGGCGAUCAGAUAAGCGCGCCCGAAGAGAGACUCACUGAAUGGAAUUCAAGACCACAAAUUCUAGUAGGUCGCUAUAUGCGAAAAGUGCUCUAUAGUGAGGAUUGCACUGAUGAGGAUACUUGUGAUUGCGCUGGUGGGGAUCAGACACAACCUACCGAAUGACCUAAUAAUCAUUAUCAUCAUAUUAUAUAAAUUUGUAUUUUAAGUUGACAUACUCGUUGAAAUACUCGUCUAUAAGAUAAGCUGUCACAAAUAAAUAUUGUCAAAAUAGAUUAAAUAA